GGGACAAGGAGGGCUGAUUCCAGAGACCGCAGACUGAUGGGAUUUGGAGACUAACGGAUGAUUUCCGGUGAGGGAGCAGAAGGAGGGAAAUGCAGGAAGAAAUGAGCUCAACCCUGAGCUGUCCGGGAGGAGCUGGUUCCAUCGGGGAGGCCAGUCCCCCGUCCCCUCCCCUGCCCCCCAUGCCUUCAUUUUAACCCAUGCAAUGCUGGAUUCUUCCCUUUUUUUUUUUUUUUGCAGAGUUGGCCUGAAGGUCAUCCAGCGGAACACACGCAAGUUCCUGGAGCUGCGUUUCUGGGGCUGGUGGAAGCUCUACAACAAGGUCAAGCCACUCCUGAAUGUGGCUCGGCAAGAGGAGGAGAUGAAGGCCAAGGAGGAGGAGCUGAGGAACGCCAUGGCCAAGAUGCAGGAGCUGCUAGACAAGAUCAAGGAUCUGGAGGAGAAGAUGGCCACGCUCAGCCAGGAGAAGAAUGACCUCACCAUCCAGCUGCAGGCAGAGCAAGAGAACCUGAUAGAUGCGGAGGAGCGCCUGACCCAGAUGAUGAAGACCAAGAUGGAGCUGGAGAGCCAGAUCUCUGACAUGCGGGAGAGGCUGGAGGAGGAGGAGGGGACAUCGGCCUCGCUGAGCGCCACCAAGCGCAAGCUGGAGGGGGAGCUCAGUGACCUCAAGCGGGACCUCGAGGGCCUGGAGACCACGCUGGCCAAGACGGAGAAGGAGAAGCAGGCCCUGGAUCACAAGGUCCGCACCCUGACUGGGGACCUCUCGCUUCGAGAAGACUCUAUCGCCAAGCUCCAGAAGGAGAAGAGGGCCCUGGAGGAGCUGCAGCAGAAAACCCUUGAUGACCUGCAAGCCGAGGAGGACAAGGUGAACCAUCUGACCAAGAACAACAGCAAGCUUAGCACCCAGAUCCAUGAGCUGGAGGAUAACUGGGAACAGGAAAAGAAAAUCCGGGCGGAAGUGGAAAAAGCUCGCCAGAAAGCUGAGAGUGACUUGAAGAUGACCAUUGACAAUCUCAAUGAGAUGGAGCGGUCCAAGCUAGAUCUCGAGGAGGUGGUGAAAAAGAGAGAUAUGGAAAUCAAUUCUGUCAACUCUAAAUAUGAGGAUGAGCAGUCUCUGAAUUCCACGCUGCAGCGGAAACUAAAGGAACACCAGGCCCGAAUCGAGGAGCUGGAGGAAGAGCUGGAGGCUGAGAGGGCAAUGAGAGCCAAGGUGGAGAAACAACGCAGUGACCUGUCCCGAGACCUUGAAGACCUCAGUGACAGGCUGGAAGAGGCUGGGGGAGCCACAUCUGCUCAGAUCGAGCAGAACCGCAAGCGGGAGGCCGAGCUGCUGAAGCUGCGGCGGGAGCUGGAGGAGGUGGCCCUGCAGAGCGAGGCAGCGGCCUCCACACUGCGCAAGAAGCACACAGACUCCAUGGCCGAGCUGACCGAGCACGUGGAGAACCUGCAGAGGGUCAAGUCCAAGCUGGAGAAGGACAAGCAGGUCAUGAAGGCCGAGAUCGACGACCUCAACGCCAGCGUGGAGACCAUACAGAAGUCCAAGAUGAAUGCCGAGGCCCACGUUCGAAAGCUGGAAGAUAACUUAUCAGAGGCCAAUGCCAAGGUGGCUGAGCUGGAGCGGAACCAGGUGGAAAUCAACGCCAUCAGGACCCGCCUCCAAGCUGAAAACAGUGAACUGAGCCGGGAAUAUGAAGAAUCCCAGAGCCGGCUUAAUCAGAUCCUGAGGAUAAAGACGUCCCUGACAUCACAGGUGGAUGAUUACAAGAGGCAGCUGGAUGAAGAGUCCAAGUCCCGCAGCACGGCCGUGGUGAGUCUUGCCAACACCAAGCACGACCUGGACCUGCUGAAGGAGCAGCUGGAGGAGGAGCAGGGAGGCAAGUCGGAGCUGCAGCGCCUUGUGUCCAAACUCAACACCGAGGUGACCACCUGGAGGACCAAGUAUGAGACGGACGCCAUCCAGAGGACCGAGGAGCUGGAGGAGACCAAGAGAAAACUGGCCACCAGGCUCCAGGAGGCAGAAGAGACGGCUGAAGCCGCCCAGGCCCGAGCUGCCUCCCUCGAGAAAAACAAACAGAGACUCCACGCAGAAGUUGAGGACCUCACCAUCGACUUGGAGAAGGCCAACGCCGCGGCCGCAGCCCUGGACAAGCAGCAGCGGGUCUUUGACAAGAUGCUGGCUGAGUGGCAGCAAAAGUGUGAGGAGCUGCAGGUGGAGGUGGACACCUCCCAGAAGGAGUGCCGCAUGUACAUGACCGAGAGCUUCAAGAUCAAGACCGUCUACGAGGAGUGCCUGGAGCACCUGGAGUCGGUGAAGAAGGAGAACAAGACCCUGCAGGAGGAGAUAAAGGAACUGAUUGAUCAGCUGGGUGAGGGAGGACAGAGUAUACAUGAGCUGCAGAAAAUGAAGAAAAAAUUGGAGGUUGAGAAGGAAGAACUCCAGGUGGCCCUGGAGGAAGCUGAGUCUUCCCUGGAGGUUGAAGAGAGCAAGGUGAUUCGAAUUCAGCUGGAACUGGCUCAGGUGAAAGCUGAUAUUGACCGGAGAAUCCACGAGAAAGAAGAGGAAUUUGAAGCUACGAGGAAGAACCACCAGAGGGCCAUCGAAUCCUUGCAGGCCAGCCUGGAGGCGGAGGCCAAGGGCCGGGCAGAGGCACUUCGGCUCAAGAAGAAGAUGGAGACAGACCUGAAUGAGAUGGAAAUCCAGCUGGACCACGCCAACAAGAAAAACAGCGAACUUGUGAAGACGCUGAAAAGGCUGCAACAGCAAAUCAAGGACCUGCAGAUCCAGAUGGACGAAGACGCCCGGCAGCACGAGGAGCUGCGGGAACAGUACAACCUGCAGGAAUGGCGCCUGAGCCUGCUGCAGACUGAGAUGGACGAGGUGCGCUCGGCCCUGGAGGGCAGCGAGCGCUCCCACAAGCUGCUGGAGCAGGAGGUGGUGGAGGUCACCGAGCGGCACAACAAGCUCAACGUCCAGAACCAAAGCCUCCUUGUGGUCAAGCGUAAGCUGGAGUCUGAUGUCCAGCGCAUCUCCAACGAGCAUGAGGAGCUCAUCAGUGAGUUCCGCUCGGUCGACGAGAGGGCCAAGAAAGCCAUGACAGACGCUGCCUGCAUGGCCGAGGAACUCCGGCAAGAGCAGGACCACUGCAUGCACCUGGAGAAAAUCAAGAAGAACUACGAGGUCACCAUCAAGGACUUGCAGGCCAAGAUGGAGGAGGCUGAGCAGCUGGCUCUCAAGGGAGGGAAACGCACAAUCAUGAAGCUGGAAGCCAGGAUCAAAGAACUGGAGACGGAGCUGGACGGGGAGCAGAAACAGCACGUGGAAACGGUCAAGACGCUGCGGAAGAAUGAGCGGCGCCUCAAAGAGCUCGUCUUCCAGACGGAGGAGGACCACAAGACCAACCAGCGCAUGCAGGAGCUGGUGGAGAAGCUGCAGAACAAGCUGAAGGUCUACAAGCGGCAGAUCGAGGAGGCGGAGGAGCAGGCCAACCAGACCUUGGCUCGCUAUAGGAAGACGGUACAUGAGCUGGAUGACGCCGAGGAGCGGGCCAGCAUGGCGGAGACCGCCCUGAACAAGCUGCGCACCAGACACCGCGUGGCUGGCAAAGGCAUCACCUCUGUGGAGAUCAUCCAGGUGUCCAAGACAGGCACCUCCAAAACCCUUUCUGAGGAGUGAGGUGCCACGUGUUCCAGCUCACAGCCGGGUGACACAGAUCACAACAGCAGACCACUGAGAGGAAAAAUAUAUGAAAAUGGAAAACUGGGUCUAUCCUGAGAAUGUUUACUAUGCAAAGGAAAGUGCAAGCCAGAAACAGAUAGGUGCAAAAGAAUAAAGAUAGCUGUGGGGGAGAUGGGCUUGGGGAUGUAAAUACCCAGCCAUUAGAGGAAUUUAAAUUAGCGCGGCUUCUCCGAGAUGGCAUCAACCUGUCAAGCACUUGGAUAACAGUAAGAGUGGGUCUGAUUUAGUUGAGAUUCUACAUGUUCAUGUCAAGGACGGAAUAUGUAAUGUCUGUGGGACUUGGCUGUUCUCUAGAAGUAACUCCUCGUGUGGACAAUUUUAAUAC